AGGUUAUGUUGUUAGCGUCUUAUUUUUUGCAGUAAACAAUUUAAAUAAUCCACAAUUACUUUAAAUCGCCACUAUGACGGCGCUAAAACAAGGCAUAUUACAUUCAUUACUACAGAAGGAAGGUUUGUGCUGCCUGUGUUUUGGCGCUAUUGGGUCUGAUCAUGUUUAUUUGGAGGAUGAAGCGAUGGUGAAUGAUUCUGGCAACGUAAAGAUUUCUGAAGUGCUGAAUAAUAUACUAGGAAACGAUGUGAUGGAUAACUUACCUUUCCAAACAGUAUGUGAUGAUUGUGUUGUAUCGGCCAUACAAAGCUACACAUUUAUUAAACAAUGCAAAGAAAACACAGAUAAUCUACAACAAGCCAUUGAAAAUCUAGACAUUUCUUUACAAAAAUUAACCAGUCAGGAAACAUGCAAGGCGGUAUUUCUUUCUUUAGACUCAAGUCUUGCCGCUCACGUUUACUACGAUUACAAAAAGCCAGUUACCUCGAUCCCUAAAGCUUUGGCCAGAUUUAAAUAUGUUUCCUCUGAUGUAUGCAAUGGUAAAUAUUACAUAGAAAGAUCUGAGAAAAAACAAUUUAAUACCUGGAUAGCUCCGAAUGUUAGUGACGAUGACGAUUUUGAUAAAGACUGGUGCAUAUCGCCAGAAAAAAGGAAUAAAACUAAAAGGGGUCAUAGAGGUAAAGAAUAUUUAUCUGACAGGGUCAUACUUCGUCAAAAUAGUACAAAUAAGAAACUAAUAUGCAACGGUUGUGAAAAGCCAUUUGAAAAUAUCACUAUGCUGCGAAUGCAUUACAUGAGAGUUCAUGCGGUCAAGAAAAUUAAGUGUCCAAAAUGUGAUCGUAAGUUUGCCACUAGCAAGCUGCUAGAAUACCAUCUAAGUCUGUCCCAUGCGAAUGCUGUCUGUUUCGAAUGCGGGAAAACCUUUACUAAUAUAGCAAGCUUGAAGAAACAUGAAGACUCCCAUAACAUAUCAUCUAAGUAUGUCUGUCAGAACUGUCACCGAGUGUACAAAACAUUACGGACCAUGAAAGAACACAUUUACAACGGAGUUUGCGAGCGAGGAGGCAGAACAGGAAAAUUCAGUAUAGGAAAGUUUAUUUGCGAUAUUUGUGAUAAUCGCUUUGCUACAAAGAACGCGGUACGGUCCCAUUUGAUCACUCUUCACGGGUUUGGAAGUGACGAUGCUGUACACACUUGUACAUGGUGUAAUAAAAGAUUUGAGGCGUUAAGCAGUCUAAAAGGCCAUAUAGUUAAGCAUACUAGAGAGCGGAGAUUCCAAUGUGAUCUCUGCAAUGAGAAGUUUGUGACACAUCCAGCGUUGGUAAACCAUACUCGUUUACACACUGGCGAACGACCGUAUUCUUGUGAGUACUGUGAUGAAAGCUUCAUCUCAGCUUCGAGACGGAUGGAACAUACGAGAAGGAAACACUUGGAACCAUCGCUUCCUUGCAGACUCUGUCCUAUGAUAUUUAAAUCUGGUGCGGGUAAACGGAAACAUGAGCGAAGGCAUUUCAAUCCGACUAGCAAGCUUUAUGUGCCAAAGGCUCUCAGGCCGGUAGGUAUUAAAGAACCGAAAGAGCCUACCCCAUCUAAUACGAAAAGGAGGGUCGUGAUAAGGAUGAACGUGGAAAAUUAAUAAAAACUGACUGCUGGGACGUGGUUAGGAUCAAAGAUUAAGAUCCUUUCAACUUAACAUGGUUCGAACUAUAUACAAUACAAUACAAUACUCUUUAUUGCACACCUUGAUAAAAUACAACAAUACAAAACAAGGAAGAAACACGAACAAAGGUAAAC